CCCCAGCCGAGCGGAACUGUCUGCGUCCCUGCCUCCGGCCGCGGUCCUCCCGACAUGCCGGAGGAGGCGAGCCUCCCGCCCGCUAAGAGAUUCCGGCCGGGCUCCUGCCCUCCCGGGAGACGAGUAGUGAUGCUGUUGACGGCUGGCGGCGGCGGCGGAGCUGGAGGAGGCCGGAGGCAGACGCCGCCGCUGGCCCAGCCUUCGGCCAGUCCCUACCGCGAGGCCCUGGAGCUGCAGCGCCGGAGUCUGCCCAUCUUCCGGGCGCGGGGGCAGCUAUUGGCUCAGCUCCGAAACCUGGACAACGCGGUCCUCAUCGGGGAAACUGGCUCUGGGAAAACAACUCAGAUCCCACAGUACCUCUAUGAAGGGGGAAUUAGCCGCCAGGGCAUCAUCGCUGUGACCCAGCCCCGUCGAGUGGCUGCCAUCUCUCUUGCCACCAGAGUCUCAGAUGAGAAGAGGACAGAACUCGGGAAGCUGGUUGGCUAUACAGUGCGCUUUGAGGAUGUCACCUCAGAAGACACCAGGAUCAAGUUCCUGACAGAUGGCAUGCUUCUGCGUGAAGCAAUUUCAGACUCCUUGCUUCGGAAGUACAGCUGUGUCAUUUUGGACGAGGCCCAUGAGCGGACUAUUCACACAGAUGUGCUCUUUGGAGUGGUGAAGACUGCACAGAAGAGGCGAAAGGAGCUAGGGAAACUGCCUCUCAAAGUGAUUGUGAUGUCAGCUACCAUGGAUGUCGACCUGUUUUCUCAGUACUUCAAUAGAGCCCCUGUCCUUUACCUUGAGGGUCGGCAGCAUCCAAUCCAGAUCUUCUAUACCAAACAGCCUCAGCAGGAUUACCUGCAUGCAGCCCUUGUCUCAGUCUUCCAGAUCCACCAGGAAGCUCCUGCUUCUCAAGACAUCCUGGUGUUCCUCACUGGUCAGGAGGAGAUCGAAGCAAUGAGCAAGACCUGCAGAGACAUCGCAAGGCACCUCCCAGAUGGCUGCCCUUCAAUGCUCGUCCUUCCUCUGUACGCCUCCCUGCCCUAUUCGCAGCAGCUUCGAGUCUUUCAAGGGGCCCCAAAGGGCUAUCGCAAAGUGAUCAUUUCAACCAACAUCGCUGAAACCUCCAUAACCAUUACAGGAAUAAAAUAUGUAGUUGACACGGGCAUGGUUAAAGCAAAGAAGUAUAACCCUGACAGUGGUCUUGAGGUACUAGCUGUACAGAGAGUAUCAAAGACCCAGGCCUGGCAGCGCACAGGCAGGGCUGGGCGAGAGGACAGUGGCAUCUGCUACCGACUCUACACUGAGGACGAGUUUGAGAAGUUCGAGAAGAUGACGGUGCCAGAGAUCCAGAGGUGUAACCUGGCCAGUGUAAUACUUCAGCUCCUAGCAAUGAAAGUCCCAAAUGUGCUCACCUUUGACUUCAUGUCCAAACCUUCUCCAGAUCACAUUGAGGCGGCCAUUGCCCAGCUGGACCUGUUAGGUGCUCUUGAACAUAAGGAUGACCAGCUUACCCUGACUCCAAUUGGAAGAAAGAUGGCAGCAUUCCCUUUAGAGCCCAGAUUUGCCAAAACUAUCCUCCUGUCCUCCAAAUUCCACUGUACCGAAGAGAUUCUGACCAUAGUCUCCCUGCUAUCUGUGGACAGUGUCCUUUACAACCCUCCUGCCCGGAGAGAUGAGGUGCAGAGUGUCCGGAAGAAAUUCAUAUCCAGUGAGGGGGAUCACAUCACCCUGCUCAAUAUCUAUCGGACCUUCAAAAACAUCGGUGGGAAUAAGGACUGGUGCAAAGAGAAUUUUGUCAACAGCAAGAAUAUGCUGCUAGUAGCUGAAGUCAGAGCACAGCUGAGAGAAAUCUGCUUAAAGAUGUCAAUGCCAAUCAUGUCAUCUCGAGGGGACAUGGAGAGUGUCCGCCGUUGCAUGGCUCACAGCCUCUUUAUGAAUACUGCUGAACUCCAGACAGAUGGCACCUAUGCCACCACGGACACACAUCAGCCAGUGGCCAUCCACCCAUCAUCUGUCCUCUUCCACUGCAAGCCUGCCUGCGUGGUCUACACUUCACUGCUCUACACCAACAAAUGCUACAUGCGUGACCUCUGUGUGGUGGAUGCCGAGUGGCUCUACGAGGCUGCCCCUGACUACUUCAGGAGGAAGCUGAGAACGGCCAGAAACUGAACCGUUCCAGGAUGCUGCCAGCAUGGCUGGGCCUGGAGCUUAGAUCACAGCUGUCUUCCAAACAUAAGUUUGCAGCCAGACUUCCAGACUCCAAGAGCUUAAAAGAAUUGCUGAAGCUUCUCAGACUCACCCGUGCAGAAUGAUCCUACGUAGAGCAUGAGAAGCUGAGCUUGUGCCUCGGGUCUCACCAGGCAGUUUUGGAGACUGAAUUAACUUCUGAGCCUCAGAUUCCUCAUAUGCCGGAGUCGGAUAAGACUUACACGUUCAGAGUAAUGAAGUUUAGAGAAAAUGAACAGAAUGUGACAGAGACUUGCCUGGUGCAAGAUAAGACAAUCUGUGACUUGUGAGCCAUUGUGCUUUGUGAUACUAAUUAGGUACAGCACAGCCCCUUGAGCUCUCAUGACUGGGGGAGGAGCCAUAGGAGACUACAGAUCCAAUUUGUUGAAAUGUUUCUCCCCCCUUCUUACUCCCUCUCCCGUGGAUCCCAGAGCCUCAUGCAUGCUAUGCAAAACACUUUGCCACUGAGCCAAUCCCCAGCCCUCACUUCUACUUUAAUGUCUACCUGUGUGUAUUUUAGAUAGAAAAUUAAAAAAUUGACUCCCACAGACAGUUCCAGAGUAAGGUAUAUUCUGACCUGUUGACCCUUAUGGCUCAGGGUGUAGCACAUUGUCUUGUCUGUCUCCAAGCAGAGGCCAGCAAGUAGUUCCUUGGUUGGUCCCCAGUGCCUCUGUGGCUGCAUGUCCCCAACAGUGCUUUCAGGAAACCAGCAGGUUUCCUGGAACUAGGAAGCCAACUUUUCAGUGUGGUGGCCUUCUGAAGCCCCGUGGUAGUUUUCUCUUUAACUGAGCACCUACAAAUGUGUGCCUGUGAGGGAAGAGAGUUCAAGUCAGAGCUGCUACAUGGGGAAGAGGAAGGAGGUACCUGACGGCUCGGAAGCCAGAGGAUCAGUUUGUCCUUUCUCCUACACCUAGUCUUAGUUUGGGUUGUUUGUUAGUUUGUUCAUUUCUUAAGGGGUAAACCACUUGAGACAGGGUUUCUCUGUGUAGCCCUGCCUGUCCUGAAACUCGCUCUAUAGACCACACUGGCCUCAAACCCAGAGAUCAGCCUGCCUUUCCCUCCCAAGUGCUGGGAUUGAAGGUGUGCACCACCACCUGGCCAGUCUUUGUAUUUUUGAUGCUAUUAAUUUUCAGUGGUCUGCCUUUGCGGAAACCUGGGGACAAUUAGCUUUGCUGCUUCCUAACCAGUCGCCAUCUGAAACCUUCGUCGUCUGCACUUGUUAGAGGGAACUAGAGAAGCCUCGGCAUCCUUUUCCCAGUUGGAAAAGAGUCAUCUUUGCUGAUGACUAGGAGCAAACAUUCCCCAGUUUGGUACUACUUACCUAUAAUCACUCCCCGCUGAGAAGGGAGGGCUGCGAGUCCUAGGCCAGCCUGGGCUAGGCCUUGUAUCUAAGUGAAGGAAGGGGAAGGAACACACUUUCACAGAGAAUGUUUGAAGGGGGGGGGAGUUUUAGCCCUUUUAUUGUGCUUAAUCGGUCCAAACACAUCUGUACUACUGGGAUUUUCUCAUUUAUACAGUGAAUUGUAUUUAUAAGCAACAAAUGGGCCAAACUGCCUUCAAGGCACUUCGAAGACAGUGGGCAGUUUCUUUGAGUCCAGCAAGCUCUUUCCAGAGAGCCUAGCCUGGCUGGGCACUUCCAUUGCCAGGAUCUCAUUGGUUCACAGCUGUGUCUGUUGAGUCUGGUCUAGGCUUUAUCUAACCCUAGCCGUGGGCAAAGCUUUUAGUCAGUGCUUAGGGCUGUCUGAGUACUCGUGACUACUUGGAUAGAAAUGGUCACGUUAUCAACCUUCUGAAAGGCUCUCCGGAAUGUGCUUUCUUUUUCAGUGUAUUUUUUGUAUUUAUGCAAGGUUUAUUUAGCCUUGCUUGGUAAGAGGAACUUUUGUAUUUUGAAAAGAACAUUCAUCGUGCUAGUUAAAGAAAACAAGGAGGCAAUAUAUUCCCCAGCAAUUAACAGUUUCUGUUCCACUGUAAACUAACAGUAAACUAUCGAGGUCUUUUCUGGGUCAUGGGAACAGUAGCUUGCAGUGACUGGCUCCAGGGUGAGGCCUAGGACCUUACCCUGGAGGGACUGCUGCAGAGGACUGGGACCUCCCAGAAAAGGGAGUGAUGGAUACAGUUUCUAAGGACCCAAUGUUUCUGUAUAGAAAUAUGUUUAUCAUUCUAACAUUGUGGGGGGAUUUUAAUAGAAUAUUUAGUUUUUUAUUAAGCUUUUUUAAAAAUUACUAUUCAACACAGCUGCUCAGGGAUUACAUGAGGUGGGAGCCCCAUUCUGACUCCACAGAUCACUACGAAGAAAUUAAUGCUUAUCUUCAGCCAAAGGGACAGCUCUCUUCAAGCUUUCUUAAGAAAGUGAAAUGUUUUGUGGUUUUGCUGCAGUACAACCUGAGCUACUUUUCAAGUUGGCAAACUCUCCAACCUGAAGACUCCAGCCUGGACAGAAUAGCCUCCAACAGACAGAUGAACUUCCACAACAGCCCUGCGUGCUGCAGGGGUUUAUCUUCUUGGUAACCGUGGCCUGCGACACCCGGGGCACCAGUUCCAUUACCAGGAUCCCUGUGAGAACAUUUGCAUCUCUUAUAACAGGAUUCCAAAACAGCAAAGUAUUUACUGUGGCACAAAUCCUUGUGCUCCAGCUACCAGGGUCUGUUUGGAACUGUGGCCGCGCAUCUAAGAUGCCAUUCCUUGAGCACAUAAACUAGACUAUACCGGUGGGGAAACAAUUCUCUAUAGACUGCUGUAGUGUAGAAAACUGACAAGCGGAUUUGGACAUGUGCUCUGUUCUCUCUGGUCUCAAACAUAAAAGAACAGUUCUAGUAUAUAAUGCUCGAAAUUUGCUUUUGACUAUCAAAUCCAUAAAAACUGAAUCUUGUAUAAUGAUCUGUGUGGCCUCUUUUGUUGGGCCUCCUUUCCCUUAUUUAAAGAAUGCUGUUUAGAAUAUUAAACAUUAUUCUUACUGCCAUUCAUUCGAUAA